AUGACAAGCCGCAACCGAAUGUCGCUAGUGGCCGGAGCUUUAGCAGCCUUCGAUCACCCGUCAGCGCAUAACCAAAUUAGAGCAAUUUAUGUCAGGAAAUUGGAAACGCUAUCGGGCGAUGCGCCACGCUGUUGCAGCGGGAACGCAACUACCGCACUGGUAUUUCGAACAUCCACUGAUUCGGCAACCCUAGCUAAUGUCGAAACAAUGCACGAAUCUGGACAGAUAGAUCCGAGUGGCCCCGAAGAUAAACGACAAUCGUAG